CCAUCACUAACUUCAAUCAAGUUCCCUUCGUAGUUGCGCCAAAAUGAUUCGUUUUGUCACAGCCGUUGCAGUUUUCAUCGCCUUGCUAGCUGUUGCCGCUUGCUCCCCAGCAGAUGAUAACUCAACCGUUACUGAUAACAAUGCAACAGUUGCGAAUAAUACCGUUACUGAUAACAAUGCAACAGUUGCGAAUAAUACCGUUACUGAUAACAAUGCAACAAUUGCGAAUAAUACCCCAGCAGAGUUGUCACUAGACUCGGCAUUAGAUUCGUCAGAGAUUCUCUUGCACAGCGUCAAAUUCAAAAAAACAUUUGGAUCAAAAGGGUGCGGUAAACGUUAUGUAGACCAACGGAGAGUUGAGCAUUUUUCUAAUGGUGAGGAGAGCGUUUAUCUCACGCUUCACUACCCCAUAGAGGCUAAGACGAUUCCUCCUUUAACGUAUGCUGAAGUUUAUUGCUGGCAAAAUUCUAAAUGCAACCACAUAGAAGAAAUCAAGUUUAACCGAGAAGAAAUUAAAAUUCAUGUUGAAGCCUGGAGGACAAAAUUUCUGAAAUGUAAACUAAAAGUCUACACUUCUUGCGUAUAACUGAAGGACGGAUUAUAUUAUGAAUAUAUAUAUUGUGAAUUUUUUUAGUCCAACAAACUUGUUUAUUUCCAUCUUUUUGAAAGGUUUUAUGUGAAAUAAUUGAAUUGAAUUGGAAGUAAUAAAAUGGAUUUAUUCUCAG